AUCAUUUGGUUAUUUCACUUCUCAUAUCUGUGAUUAACAGUCAACCAAGAACUAAUAAUCUCAGCUCUGAUAUAUUCUACUCUAAAGUGUUGGGACAUUCUUUCAGUGACACAUUUUGUUGGACUCUACUCACUUUGAUGACACUGUCCUCUGUUCCACAUUUUGGGCAAAUAUGGCAGCUUUGGUGUCACUUUUCCUGGCUUCGGUUUUAGUUAAUACAGCUUUGUUAGUGUCUCAGGUAGAAAAGUCACUGUCACCUCAAGAUGUAUUUUAUUAUUUUGACACAAUUUCAACAUCAUCAGUGUCCGAGUUUGAGCUUGUGUGGGUAAAUUGCUUCAGACAUGAGUCAGACGAAACACAUUGUUCAUUUCAUGCCCAGGGGACGGGCUUUCAGCUCAUCCAGCGAAAAGCUGAGCAGUCAUUAUCUUGCCCCACCAACCUGGAACAUGUCCUUAAUUUUACAACGAGUGUGAUAAAGAAAAGGGAAAAUAUGUGUUGUGAGACACUUGACCUGCUGAAACCAGAAAAAACAAGAACUCUUGUGUCUAUGUGCGAUGAAAAACUUCAAGGCCUGCUUCUGUUGCAGUCAAAACAGCUCUACAUUCGUCCGUUGUUAGAAAAACAUUCGCAUUACUUAAGAAAUCAAUCAGGAGUACCACACCUGCUUCUCCCACACUCACGUCCUUCAGUGACACACCUCCAACAGAGUCAUCCUAGGCCACAGAGGUCACUUUCAAGUGCAGAGGUCACUCAUUUAGAGUUGCUGGUUGUGGUGGGUCCUGAUGUCCAAGAAGUUCACAAGCAGGACACAGAAAGAUACAUCCUCACCAACCUGAACAUUGCAUCAGAGCUCUUAAGAGAUGUAACUCUAGGGGCAAAUAUAAGAGUUCAUCUGGUCCGUAUGAUCAUCCUCACCGAGCCAGAGCCAGAGAUUCAGAUCUCAGAAAACAUAACUUCCUCUCUAAAAAGUGUAUGUGAGUGGGGUCAUAAAGUUAAUCCCCCCUCUGAUUCUGACCCUCUGCAUGCGGAUCUGCUCCUAUACAUCACCAGGUUUGAUCUGGUCCUACCCAAUGGAAAUAAACUAGUGAGGGGUGUGACCCAGCUGGGCGGAGUCUGUUCUAGCCAGUGGAACUGUGUAAUUACUGAAGACACAGGCUUUGACCUGGGGAUCACUAUUGCACAUGAGAUUGGACACAGUUUUGGCAUAAACCAUGAUGGUAUCGGAAACACGUGCAGCAGUAGUGGAUUUAUAAUGGCGUCUGAUGGUGGUUACAACAGUGUAGAUCUCACCUGGUCCCAAUGCAGUAGAACCCAGCUAGAUAACUUCUACAGUACAGGCAAGGCAGAGUGUUUAAAGGACGUACCAGUGCUGGGAGGAUCACUGCAGGAAUGGAAGCCUGGUCUGUAUUAUGGUGUGGAUGAUCAAUGUCGUAUUGCGUUUGGGAGCACAGCCACCGCCUGCUCCUUCUCCAGCAAUGACAUGGCUACCUGCCGAUUUCUGUCCUGCCACAUCGUCCCUGGUGACCGUACUUCAUGUACCAGACUUCUCGUGCCGUUGUUGGAUGGCACUGAAUGUGGGCUGAAUCAGUGGUGUCUAAAGGGCCGUUGCGUGUCACCAUCCAAACUGAGUGCCUCUAUGGUGGUUCAUGGCUCCUGGUCAUCCUGGUCUGCAUUUUCCCCCUGCUCACGGACCUGUGGAGGAGGUAUUACUCACCGCAGGAGAGAGUGCAACAACCCCAGGCCAGCAUUCGGAGGGAAAGACUGUGAGGGAGAGAGCACAGAGGCUGAACUUUGUCAUCGACAGCCAUGUGAAAGUAACCAGCUUGAAUUCAUGGCCCAGCAGUGCUCAGAUACAGACCAUCAACCCCUGUUGCUUUCUCCAGAUUCAUCUAGAAUCUACUCCUGGAUCCCUGCAGUUGGUUUCAGCUCUGGUGAUGCUCAGUGUAAGCUGAUGUGUCGCUCUCGUGAGCAGGACUUCAUGGUGAAUCGUGGCUCUCAGUUCAUUGAUGGGACCAGGUGUGAACCUGAUGUUCCUGUGCCUGCUGGCUUGGUUACAGCCUGCCUUAAUGGACAGUGCCAGGUGUUCGGCUGUGAUGGAGUAUUGCAUUCUCAGAAAUUGGAGGAUGUGUGUGGGGUGUGUGGAGGAAAUGGAUCCUCCUGCCACCUUAUUACUGGUUCCUACACAGCUGGAGAAGCUCUGGAGUAUGUGACUUUUCUCAUUCUGCCAGUGAAUGCUUCUCGGGUUGGCAUUGUUAACUGGAAUCCUGUGUUUACACACAUGGCUGUGAUGGUGAACAAUGAAUAUAUUGUAGCUGGAACAGGGGAUAUAGCGUUGAAUACCACCUAUCCUUCACCUCUGGAAGAGAAUAACAUCAUCUAUAAUCUCUACCUCACAUCUGAUCUUCUACCUCACACAGAAGAGCUUAUUCUGUCUGGACCAAUCUCAAAUAAGAUGCACAUUCAGGUGUACAGAAAAUAUGGAAGGGAGUACGGAGACAUCACCAGCCCAAAUAUCACCUACAAGUACUACAUGCCUGGCACUGAAACAAGGGAGAAGAUUGUUGAAGGUCGAUGGUCCACCAUCAUUUUACCAUGUUCUGUUACCUGUAGCUCAGGGAUCCAGAGGGUUAUUCAGAAAUGUACUGACAUAAACACCAAAGAACACCUGGAAGAUCAACUCUGUGGCUCAGUUCCUCAAAAACCAGCCAUUCUGCAGCCUUGCCACCGGCCCGACUGCCCACCCCGUUGGGUGCUGUGGGAAUUUGGGCCAUGCAGCGCACCUUGUGGUGUAGGACAGCGGCUGCGGUCUGUGACAUGCAUGCAGAAACAGGGGAAAGAAACUGUAGUGCUGGCAGAUUUUGAAUGCUCCGAGUCUACUAAACCUUCCACAAAAGAGACCUGCAAUACCCAACUGUGCCCGGCCAGAUGGCAGGUCUCAGAGCCUGGAGAUUGUUCAGCCGUGUGUGGUCCAGGUGAGGCUCACAGAACAGUAUCCUGCAUCCGCUCCCACCAUGGAGCUGACUCAGAGGUAGAUGAAAGUCUUUGUUCACAGCCCAAACCAUCUGAACAUGUGCCAUGCGUGGUGGAUGUGUGCCCAAUUGGCUGGGAGAAACAUGGGGAGGAUCAGAAAAGCCUUACAGGGUCAGUUUCUACAAUGACCCGGUCCAAAAUAAUUCCAGUGUACGUGUGGAGUCCUGUGAUUGGCCACUGCACCAAGACUUGUGGAAAUGGCACUCAGCAGAUAUGGUUCUCAUGUGUAGACCACCAAUCACGCCUAGAUGUUCCAGAGUUCCUUUGUGACCGCUUAAGUAAACCUGAGCCAUAUACACAGCCUUGUUCCCAAUUAUCAUGCCCAGCCACGUGGCGUUACAUGCAGGGAGUUUGCAGUGUAUCGUGUGGAGGCGGUGUUGCCAGACGGGUGCUGUUCUGCUCACAGCAGGCUGCAGAGGGAGGACGAGGAGACGCAGAGGUGGUGCUACCAGACUCCUCCUGUCUGUCUGCCUCUAGACCUCUUGAGGUGGUGUCAUGUAACACUGACCCCUGUCCAGCAAGGUGGCAGGCUGGAGAACGGGGUGUGUGUUCAGUGUCCUGUGGUCUUGGUGUGGCAGUGAGGAGGGUCUGGUGUGUACAGUUUGAUGGUAGGGUGGAGAGACAGGUGGAGGAGGAGAGGUGUAAAGAAAGCACAAAUCCUCCGCUCACAGUGCCCUGCUUCACCCAGGCCUGCUCCUUUCACUGGGCUGUACAAGAGUGGACAGAGUGCUCUGUCUCAUGUGGUUAUGGGAUCCAGUCUCGUACAGUCUCAUGUGUUGGCCCAUCCAGUCCUCUGCCCAUCAGCCCUCUCCUCUGCGUCCACCUUCCUAAACCCAUUACAAUCCAGGCCUGCUACAGUGACGACUGCUUUACCCAGACUUUAAGCAAUGUUUCUUCUAGUCAGCAACCAGAGACACAGAGCCAGAAGGGAGAGGAGAAUACGACCACAUCUGCACCUCCUGGAGGAAAUGAAAAGUUCUCCGGCAUUCUUCCUACAGUGCCUGUUUUGGGAAGCACCACAUCAGUACCAACAGAAACACCACAAAGCAGUUUUUGUGGGCAGCUCUUCCUUCAGGACACGGGAAUCAUCGACUUACGGAACGUCAGUGAGAAAAGGUGUUUCAUCUCAAUCGGUCGUCCUCUGGAAGAAGUCAUCCAAAUCAAAAUUGAGUCCAGCUCUCUUAAUUGCAGGCACAAGGAGAACCUGGCACUUUAUGAAAGACUGUCUCUGAGAAGAUUUUGUGAAAAGAUGGCUGGGAAGUCCUUCACUACCCGCUCUAAUGUUUUGCUAGUGCGCCAAAGCCGUCUCACCCCCGGCACUGGAGUGUUGCUGUCCUAUAGCAGUGAGAAGAACAUGAAGAAAAGCCAUCAUGAAGAUUGUGACAUUCAGCUUUUCUCCUCAACUGGUCUGAUCGAGAACCCAGUUAGGGUUGCAUCAUCUUUAUCGCCCAGUGCUCGGUCCUGUCGGGUGUUUAUCGAUGCUCCGCCCGCAAAGAGGAUACAAAUUAAGGCACUUUCUGUGUUCAAUGCAACCUCCUCAGACUCCACAUAUGUGCUGAUUCGAGACGUGGAUGCAGUAAAAACCACAGUGUUCAAGGGGACACAGCUGUUUCAGUGGAGUUCCACAGGAAGCAGGGCAGAAGUGGAAUUCCAUGGGGAAUACCAGCAAAUGCAGGGGACAUUUAGAGCCGAGUAUUCUUAUGUAGCACCCGAGGAGUCUAAAUGAUCCUAACUGUUUAAGAGUUUCUUCUUGAGCUUGACAGGAAACUAGUGUUCUUAUGUUCUUUUAAUGUAUACAUUCAACUAGCCCCAUUGAUAGGCCUAUUUAUAUGGGCACAGAGAAGUUGCCAGCUGGAAUUAGAAGGCCAUGCCACAAAGCUAAAUGACACACAAACUUUCUAGAUCGGAGAAUUAUCAAUAAUUUGUUGCAUGUAUAUUUGUAACCUAGACUUGUAAAAUCAAAUUUGUGUUGCAAUAGUCAUGGAUAUUCCAACAUGUCCCUUGCAAAUGUGUGUAAACUUUCAACUUCAACUGUAUCAUGUUCGUUCUCAGAAACACAAAUCUAAUUAUCUAUAUAUUUUUUUUUUUUACCAUUUUGUAAAGAAAGUCAGUAUGUCCUAGAGUUUACAUGUACUAUGUCCAAAUAUAUAUUUCUCUAAAUAAAUAUGUAGUUAUAGAUA